AUGAGCAUUUCACUAAAAUCAAAAUCGAGGAAAGUUUUCAGAACAAAAUGCAAAGGGAAAACGUAUCCUUUGGACAUCUUGUCCAACUAUCCAGAACUGGGUAACUAUCCAGAAAAGAUCGAAGCUGUAGAUUGCAUCUUGUUCAAGAAAGUGCUGGAAGAAGUUGAUAAGUGGCCCCUAUCAUCUUCAGAAGGAGGGAAGAUCCUCAUUUUGCUGAAGACCAUGCAUUUGAAAACAGCGAAAGAUCAUAUCCAGGGGCCUUGUUUAGUUGAUCACCCAGUGGAGCCUCACACUAUGUUGCGAAGAGAGGCAGAUUUGGCGAGGAUGCCAAAUAGCAUAGACAUUCAGGAGAACCCAGGGAAAGUCUUGGCAAUAGGUUUGCCAGCAGGCAUUUAUGCACUCCACGAGAUGGAAGUGGUCAACAGUGCAAAAGAAACACCAAGAUUUCAUGAGGAGCGAUGGUCAAUUGAGAAGGAUUCAAAUAUUCCUGGGAUUCGGAUGGCAUGGGAGGAAUCGCCAUUUAGUCAGGGAGAGGUGGCUUUUGAUGAUUUAUUUAACCUAGCCAGCAACUUUCUUUCAGGAAGCCUUCAGCAACACUGCAAUAUCUGUAUGUUCACCACAUUCAGUCUCUCUGGCCUUAAAUGCCACGUGAAGAAACAUUCCCAUGAAAAGCCACACCUGUGUCACAUCUGUCUUAAAGUUUUCUGGACUAAGCCACAGAAGUGUAAUGAAUGUGGUAUGGCCUUUGUGACAGUGGGGGAACUUUCCCGCCACAAGCGAUAUAAACAUACUCUGGAGAAGCCCUUUAAAUGCUCCAUCUGUAACUACUGCAGUGUGGAGGCCGGCAAAUUGAAGCGCCACAUUAGCUCACAUACAGGAGAACGUCCUUACAGUUGUACGAUGUGCUCCUAUGCUAGUAGGGACACUUACAAAUUGAAAAGACAUAUGGCAACUCACCCAGGUACUAUGUGUGAAAAACCCUUUGAGUGUGUGAUUUGCAAAUCCAGAUUAACACAGGCUGAGACUUUGAAGUUCCAUGGUUUGCAUAAACAUGGGGAAAAUGUACCAAAAUACCAGUGUCCACACUAUGCCGCAUCUGUUGCCCGGAAAGGCGAUUUAAAAGAAGGCAGUGUGGCUUUGAAAACUAUUCGAGAGCAAAGCAGUCAGUACAUCAAUGCCAUCUUUGAUGGGUUUAUUCCCAGGGUUUGA